AUGUCGAAUCAACAACAACCACAACAACAAACACAGAAUAACAAAGAGAAACAUCCAAUGUUGGAUCCAACUGCAUGUAAAGAUUUAAAAGAUAGACACGAUCAAUGUUUUUAUAAAUGGUAUAGCAACAGUUUCUUAAAGGGUAACACCAGUGCAGAAUGUCAAGAAGAAUGGGAAGAAUAUCAAGUUUGCAUUAAAGAUAAAUUGAAAGCAUGGAAUUUAGAAUAUCUUUUAGAGAAAAAUAAAGAAUUACAACAAAAGAAUAAUAAUAAAUAA